AUGUGUUACGAUCCUAAUUCUAGAAGGGUGUAUACUUAUGUGAAUGUGAUCUUCAAUGAAGCAGUGUUUGCUUUUAUUUCUUCUACUUCUACACUACUUUAUAUUUUAUUUAUACCUUCAACUACUCAGCCUAUAUUACCAUCACCAGGUUUUAGUGAGUCAUCUUUUCCUCCAGCUGAUCUGGAUAAUUCUACAGCUGCAUUACCACAACUUGAGAAUCCUCUAAUUGUACCAAAGACUUUCAAAGAAGAUGGUAAAGAUCCAAGAUGGGUUUUAUCUAGGCAAGAUGAUUAUGAUGCUUUGUAUUCAAGCAAUAAUUUUGAGUAUGUCCCACAUAAACCUGAUGGUGUUGAUAUUGAAGAAACUUUUAGUCCUAUGGUUAAAGCUACUACUAUCAGAUGUGUGUUGAGUCUUGCUUUGAGUAACAAUUGGCUGACGAAUCAACUGGAUGUAUCCAAUACAUUCUUGUAUGGGAAUCUUCAUGAAGAUUUCUACAUGGAACAACCACAUGAGACGUCACGUGCAAUGAGCAGUGAAGAUUGCCCCGGCUUGACGGCUUAUGUUGGUGAAUGUGAUUCUCGUUGUGCUGAUAGAUGUGUGGCACAACAUAAGCAAGACUAUCUAGGAUCUUGGUGUUGGACCAACUUAUAUGGAACAUCAUACUGCAUGUGUUGCAUCGUAGCUCCCCCAGAUGACGAUGGUUAUUAUUGGCCGCCAACAACCGUGUCUCCCGUGCCUGCAAAAUCUCCACAAGCUUCUCAAGGUGUUGAACCUGUGGCUUCACAAACUCCUCUCGUCUCAGGUGUUGAAUCUGCGGCGCCUCCACAAUCUCCUCCCACUUACUCGGGUAUUGAACCUACAAUGGUGUCACAUACUCCUCCUCCAUGUUCUCCCAAUGUUGAAUAUGUGGCUCCACAAGCGCAUCUGAUCCCUCCCAGUGCUGAACCUAUAGCACCUACUCCACAAACUCUCCAUUCCAUCGGUGUUAAACCUGCUGAAACGCCACAAACUCCUCGCCAUUCCAGAAAAGGGAAAAAGUAUAGGCACCACCACUCAAAAGUAAUCCACCAUUGAUGUGUCAUGCGUGUAUAGUUGAUGCUAUGUUAUA